ACCUGAACCUGUACCUGUACUUGAACCUGGACCUGAAACUGGAUCUGUGGCUGGACCUGGCGCCUCAGGUGAUCUACGUGUUCUAUUUCUAUGCUCGAAAACAACACGGAUCCUCCGCGCAUGCGUACAUUCUAAAAUACGAUUUGCACAACGGUCCGACAUCAAAGAUGGCGGGAGCCUCCGACCCACUGGAGGACAUGCUCUUCACCCAGGUGGAUGAGAAAGCAGUUAGCGACCUAGUUGGCUCUCUGGAAUCACAACUCGGCGACCGAAAGGCUCCCGCGGCUUCUUAUUCCGACGGGAAACGGGAGGCAGCUCCUCCGGCGGCCGGUCCGUUCUCAGGGAAAGUGCGCGAUCCGGUGGGGUCUCUGGAUCCGCCGCAACAAGGGCAUCCGAAAGCGGGUUUAGACCAGGAACCGGGCGCUAAUGAGCCGCUCUCCGGUAAAGCCCUCGCCUCCUCUACCUCCUCUACGGCCGCCGCCGGGGCCGUGAUACCCGCCGGAGCUGGUCUGGGAACAGUUGGAGCUUCUCCUCCCGCGGUUCCUCCGGGACCCGGACCCGUAACUUUGACCACUCAGUCCGCGGCUGCUGUUAGCUUCCACCGGGCUGCCGUCCUGAGUCCGAGCGCGGCUCCCGCGGCGGAGGCGGUCAGGACCGGCUCUCCGGGAUUACAAAGUUUAAACGGCAGCUCCGGAGCUGCAAAGUUGGUGAACUCUCCCGCUGCCCCCCCAGCAGCCGGGACCGGCACCGUGAUAAGUUCUGUCAGCGCCGGCGGGUCCACCAUCAUCGCCUCCAUGGCUUCACAGCCCACCUUUCCUGUACCUCAGUCCUCCGUGGCGUCUCCCGGCGUGGCUCUGCAGAGGCACCCGAGCCCGGUGGCCACCCAGAACGGGGUGGACCCUAAGGGGGUCCAGCUGGUGACCCAGGGCGCCCCAGCCUCCAGCUCUCAGGUCGUGAACCACAGCAACCCUCUGAUGCACACCAAGAUGCUGGUUCAGAGCCAGCCUGUGUCCGGGAACUCUGUGAUCCUGGCAAGUACCCCUCCGCCUGCUGCAGUCCAGUCCCCCGUCAGCCAGACUCAGACCGGGACCAGUACAGCUGCUGUCACCCUGGCCGGGGGGAAGCCUGCGGUGAACGGGUUGGGCCAGUCUACGGUGGCCAUGGUGAGGCCGCCGGGCGCCCCCGUGGUGGCCACCUCCAUCCAGCAGCAGAGACCCGGGCUGGUGGCGAGCUCCCCCAGGCCGGCGGCUCCUCAACAGACUCUGGCGGUCCGACCUCAGCAGCAGACCACCAUCCAGCUGCCCCCCGGGUUCAGCAUGCCGCCUGGUAUGGUUCUGGUCCGGACGGAGACCGGUCAGCUGGUGAUGGUCCCUCAGCAGGUUCUGGCCCAGGCUCAGGCCAAGACGCAGCAGGGCCAAACGGUGGCCAACAUCACCCAGAGACCUGCAACGCCGACGGCCGGGGCCACCAUCCGGGUCACUACGGCUACCACGGCUCCUCAGACGGUCCGCCUGGCCUCCCCUGCUCAGACCAGAAUGGUUCAGUCUCCCACCACCACGGUUCAGAAGGCCAUCACGGUGGCCCCCGGCGGCGCCGCGGUGCCGGUGAAAAUGACCACCCCUCAGAAGGCCCAGACGGUGAUAACAGCGGGUGGGGCGCCUGUCGCCAAGCCUGCCGGCGUCACGUCCAACCCCGUUAACAGCACGACGCCAGCCGCCACGCCCCCCGGCAGAGUCAACGUGGUGUCCCAGGAGAUGCAGGAGAACGUGAAGAAAUGCAAGAACUUCCUCGCCACGCUGAUCAAGCUGGCGUCCCACAACUCGCCCUCCCCAGAUACCUCCAAGAAUGUGAAGGCCCUGGUGCAGGACCUGCUCGAUGCGAAGAUCGAGCCUGAGGAGUUCACCUCUCGGCUGCAGGCUGAGCUGAAGUCCUCCCCACAGCCCUACCUCAUCCCCUUCCUCAAGAAAAGCCUCCCCGCCCUGCGUCAGUCUCUGCUCAGCAACCAGCAGUCUCUGGUGACGCCCACCCCCAGCACCUCCGCACCCCCGCUGGCUGCCCCCGGCUCCGUCACCACCGCCACCAUCAGGCCGCGGCUGCCCGUCAGUCCGGCCGGCACGACCGUCAGACUGAACCCGCCCCAUACAAACACUCUGUCUUCGGGCAGAGCUUUAGUCCAGACUGUUCAGACUCGAACGCCUGUUGUCUUCAACCAGACUCUCAGACAUCAAGGUACACUUGUAAGGGCACCCACACCCACUAUAAUCAGCAAAAGUCCUGUUUACCUGGCAGGCCAAGCCAAUCAGAGGAAGCUGAGUGACCCGGGGGGCGGGACAUUCAGAAAUGUCUUCGCUGCUGUAAUCCAGCUGCAGUCAGGUUGUGGUAUGGUAGCCGGGAGGUACCGGAGAGGGGAAAAUAAACGUCUUGUGUUUAAAGAUAAAAUCUCCGUUUUGUUUCAGAGUCGCGCCAGACAAGAAGAUCCAGAACAGGCUCGCCUGAAGCAGAAGGCUAAAGAGAUGCAGCAGCAGGAGUUGGCUCAGAUGCGACAACGAGACGCCAACCUCACGGCCCUCGCCGCCAUCGGGCCACGCAAGAAACGCAAGCUGGACUCCCCUGGAAGCGCGGCGGCCAGCGCAGAGGUGGCUUCAGGCUCGGGCGCCGGCUCCUCCCCGGCCGCCGCCUCCUCCCGCCAGCAGCUCCGUCAGCGGAUCACACGAGUUAACCUCAGGGACUUCAUCUUCUGCCUGGAGCAGGAGCGCUCCACGGCUCGCUCGCUCAUGCUCUACAAGGCGCUACUGAAGUAAGGACGAGCUCCCCGCCCCCCGCAGACCACAAACCGGAUCACACUUCAACCUCCAGUCCUCAUAUCCUCAAAGGUGUUUCAUCGUCACGGAUGGGGUCUUCAGUCCCCUCAGCACCCUGUAACCUGGACUCACCUGAACCCUCUUCCAGGUUUACAUCUCGUCUUGCUCGUUCAGGUGGAGGAAGCUAAGAAGCAACUGCAGCUUCCUCAGUGUUGGAUUCUCCGAGCUCAGCAGAACCCGCUGAUGGCUGCAGGUACGAGGUCAAUCAGAUUCUGGUGUCAGACAGCAGAACCAGAGAGCUCCGUUUUUAUUCCUCACAUUCUUCUCUCCUGUCCAAACCUGUCGCCCUCAUUACCCACAAUGCAACUCUGACAGUUGGGUGGAGGUCCAGUUGCAGUUUUGUUUUCACCCGAGGACAUUCAGCAGACUUCACACGGAUCCCUCUGAGACCCUGAGGGCGUCGGACUACUUUCAAACGUGUGCAGGAGAACUCCCCGACUCCUGGAGUCACCUGGAGACUCACGCUGAGACUCUUUAACAGUGAGGAACGCGCAGGUCUGAAACGAGGCCCUCUCGGUCAGAGUUUCCAGACGGCGUGCUGAUCCUGACGCCGCGUCGACUCCAGCGCUGUACCUACAGAGGUGCCUUUCCCGUCUCAUCUUUCCGACCAUUUCCACGUAGACUGCCUGCCGUUUGUUGCCCUCAGCUGCCACUCAGGACGCCGGGCUCGUGGGCUCCUCGGUUUGUUUUUUUAAAGUUUUCUGAGCACGCUCAGAUGUGUGAGGUCUUACAUUCAACCGUCACUUUUUCUUUUUAAGUUUUCCGCCGCUGCAGGGCGGGAGGGACUUAUUAGUUUUAUGAUCGUUGUUGUCAGAGGGACGUCAGAACUGUGCCGCUGCGAUGGUCGAAUGAACGAGGACGAAACAGAUCGUUUUAGACUGUGUGUGUGUGGGGGGGGGGGGGGGGGGGUAAUGAUGCUGAUGGCGGUGACGGCCGACAGACUUGAAGCAACAGUCCAACAUUUAGUGACACAUCUUCCUCUCUGAGUCACAUGUUCAGCUCAUGUUCAAUAUGCUUAGCUUAGCAUAAAGAGUGGAAACGGGGGGAAACAGUUAGCCUGGGUCAGCACAGAUGAACACGUUUUAUCCCAUUUAAAGUAUGAAAGCACGCUGUGGUCCUACUGGGGGAACGUACGACCACAGCGUGUCUCAGGUGUUGUGGAACGACUGAUCAGAGAAGACGGCACAAAAACUAAUUGUAGCUUUAAAACUUCAGUGUUUGUCCAGAUGAAACCUCAGAUUCAGAGCAGCUGGGUCCGUUCCCUUUUGGACGACGCCUGAUUAUUUGGACUGAUAUUCCAUCUGUGAUUUUGGAGGACAUUAUGAUUUUUACAUAAUUCUCUCUGAAAAGCAAACGUAAACGACAGGACAUCUCUGCAGCUCAGCAACAUUUUAGUUUUUGAGCUUUUGAGGAAUUGGUCCGCCCCAGGCCAGCUGUUUUAUGCUAAGCUAAGCUAAGCUAAGCGUCUGUAGCUUCAUAUGUGCAGACUGAGCAUGUGACUCUGAGAGGAGAUGUUGCUCUUCAUCAGGGAGCUGGCUCUCCUGCAGACUCAACGCUCACUCAGGCUACGUUCAAGAAGGCUAACACCACACAUCACAUUCCUGCAGCGCUCCUCCUCCUACUCCCCCCUCCUCCCCCUCCUUCUUCCCCUCCUUCUUCCCCUCCUUCUUCUCCUCCUUCUCCCCCUGCUCCUCCUGCCCCCCUCCUCGUCCUGCUCCCCCUCCUCCUGAAGAUGCAGUUUGCUGUUGAAACUUUUUAAGGAGAUCUUUUUUGGAAAGUGUGUACAUUGAAGGUUUUUAACGCUUUACAUGUCUUUUUUUUUUUCUCCCCUCGUAUCGGGCAUUUGGUCUGUAUAGUAUCCACCUGCUAACUGAAGCUGAGGUGUGUGGGCUGUAUGUGCAGGCGGUCUGCAGAGCGCCCACAUACAGGAUCACCUGUCGGAAGGACACAAUUUUUGCGACUAUUUAUAUUUCCUACAUUCUGUAUUCAACCUGACGCAUUUCGGGCAAUGCAAUUUUACAGUUGUUUGUACCUUUGCAAAAAAAAUGAAAUAAAGAAAAUGAUAAAGAA